AUGACCACCGCCACUCCCGCCACCAUUCUCAGCCCCUGCGCCCAGCUGACCUGUGAGUGGGAGGACUGCGGCGAGCGUUUCGAAGAUCGAGACUCCUUUCUGCUGCACAUCAGUCGCCUUCAUGUGGCCGCCUUUGGAGGUGGUGGCCGCCGUGACGACAAUGAGGAAGACGAAGAGGAGGGCGUGACGGCUUCAACCUGUCGCUGGGAGGGCUGCGAUGGUUGGAAGUUUGAGCAGCAGCAACAUCUGCAGCUGCACCUGAGCAUCCACGCCUACCACCACCAGAUUAUGCACAACGGCUACAAGAUUAUGAGCAGUACACAGCCGACUCUACGCUGCUACCAGGAUUCCACUUCUCGGAACGUCAUCGCCGACCUCUCCAAUGUGCUACUUUGUGGCUGGCGAGGCUGCGGCGGCGAGUUCUUUGACUACCUCCUCUUUACGAUGCACGUCGACACGCACGCAAUGGAGGAUGUGGCCAUUCCGGUGAUGAGCAAGGAGAAGCUGAAAGAGGAGAAGUUCGCCAAGUGCGAGUGGUGCAACUGCGAGGCCAGCUUCAAGAGCAAGUCACACCUCAAGUCUCAUCUGAUGUCGCACACACAGAAGAAGCUGAUUGCCUGCCCUGUCUGCGGGCUUGCUUUUUGUACAAAGACAGGUUUCCUCAACCAUUGCUACCGCCAGGAAACGCCCACCUCAGUGAACAACAGCUGCUUAAAGGCGGCGGUUGCAGCAGCUGCUGCUUCAGGUUCGAAAAAGCACCCAAAUCGUGGCCAUCAGCAACAUGUGGAUGAGGAGCAGCUCGAAGGAUUGCUUACGAUUGACGACGACGACGAAGAUGAAGGUAAAGAAGAUGAGGAAGAAGAUGAAGAGGAUGAAAAUCAGCUCUACAUGCCAAACUCAAACUGUGAUAAUAGAAAAUCGGUGAUCACUCAAGCACCACCGAUGCUGGUCACCGAAGAAGAAGGUGGUAGUAGUGAUCUUCACCUUCAUCAGCCACCUCAUCCUCACCUCAAACACCAGUGCACCCUCUGCCCCAAGUCCUUUGUGACCAAGUCGCUGCUGCGCGAGCACGUCAACAAGCACGUCCGCCGGUACCGCUGCAAAAAGUGCCCUUACGCCGCCCCAUACCCGGCUCGGUUGAAGGAGCACGAGCAGUUUCGACACAGUGAACGUCGCGACUACGUCUGCACCGUCUGCGGCAGUCCCUUCAAGACGAAGUACUCGCUCCGGCGGCACGAACUGGCCGCUCACGAUCACGGCGAUCUCAAUGGAGAGGCGAACAGCGGCGCAGGGGCCAAUGCCGAGCAGGGCACCUCCUUGGGCGAGAACGUCUGCAAGGUCUGCGAGCAGACCUUUCGCAACUACUACUCCCUCAACCGGCACAUCCGCCUCGCCCACCUCAACGAGCAGAUCGUCUUUGCCUGUCACCUGUGCAGCAAGGCCUACAACCGGGGCAAUAACCUGUCGCGACACCUCACCGGCGCCCACCAGCUGCGGCCGGCCAACGGCUGGAGUCGAUUCGUCUACGAGAAGGAGGAGGGCACGGAGGAGGCCGAGGGCAGCGUCUUUCGCCUCAAACUGCUCACCGCCGUUCCCAUGCCGCAGCAAUCGUAA